GGCUGCGCACUUAUUGUCUGAGCGCGGGGUGGUGGCGGCAGCUGGGAGGAGUGGCACUGGGACAGGACAGGACGGGUCGGGAAAAGGAGAGGAAGGAGGGCCGGGCCAGCUCCUGGUGUCGGCGUGUGUGUGUGUGAGGGGGGUGGCGGCUGCGCGGGUACGAGCGUGCGGGUGCGCGGGCGAAGGGGAGGUUUUAUUCUUAAUCUAUUUUCCGGGCCUUUGUGGCUGCGUGAGGGGAGGGCCCGGGGCUGAGGAGGAGGAGGAGGGAAGCAGCGCUACGGCGGCGGUAGCGGCGGCUGUUGUUGCCGCCGUGAGGUAAAAGAACCGGCAGUCCCUUUAAACUAGCGACAGCCGCAGGCCCAGUCGGGCCCGCCCGCUGCCUCCCGGCCUCGAGUUCGAGUGCAGGCGGCGGAAGGGCGCUUUUGUGCGGGCGGCGCGGCCCCUCGCUUGCCCUUCCUCCCUCGGCUCUGCGCUUUCCUGCUUCUGGGAUCCUGUCUCAGCGGACUAUUUUGCUUCGCUUCAGCUGCGCUCGCCGACAUGAACUAGGAGCCGGGCCGAAGGGGGUGUGGAACUGUCGGGGUGCCUGUGUGGGGUGUGCGUGUGUGAGGGCCCGCGCAGUGCCUGAGGAGCCGGGGCGAAGCGCGAAGGGCGGCCGCGCCGCUGGUUGCUGCGCUGUGCUGCGCUGCGAGGCUCCGUGCCGGCCCUCUUCGGUUGCCUCCUUGCGCCUUCGCUUCGCCUGAGGAGAAACGGGCAGAAAAUGGCAACGUCUGGAGGAGGCGGUGGUGGCGGCGGCAGCGGGGGACUGACUUGGGUGACAUUAUUUGAUAAUCAGAUCAAUGCUUCAAAAAAGGAAGACUCAGAAAGCAUUAAUAAAAAUGAUUCCUCAAAGAAGAUGUCUGUUGAGAGAGUUUAUCAGAAAAAGACUCAGCUUGAGCACAUCCUCCUGCGUCCAGAUACUUACAUUGGGUCAGUUGAACCAUUAACUCAGUUAAUGUGGGUUUAUGAUGAAGAUGUAGGAAUGAAUUGCAGAGAAGUUACCUUUGUUCCAGGCUUGUACAAGAUCUUUGAUGAAAUCCUUGUAAAUGCUGCAGACAAUAAGCAGAGGGACAAGAAUAUGACUUGUAUUAAAAUAUCCAUUGACCCGGAAUCAAACAUUAUCAGCAUAUGGAAUAAUGGAAAGGGUAUACCAGUUGUAGAACACAAAGUAGAAAAAGUAUAUGUUCCUGCUUUAAUCUUUGGGCAGCUGUUAACAUCCAGUAACUACGAUGAUGAUGAGAAAAAAGUUACAGGUGGGCGCAAUGGCUAUGGUGCAAAACUUUGUAAUAUAUUUAGUACAAAGUUUACAGUUGAAACUGCUUGCAAGGAAUACAAACACAGCUUUAAGCAGACUUGGAUGAACAAUAUGAUGAAGACCUCUGAACCCAAGAUUAAGCAUUUUGAUGGUGAUGACUACACAUGCAUUACAUUCCAGCCAGAUCUAGCUAAAUUUAAAAUGGAAAAACUUGAUAAAGAUAUUGUUGCCAUCAUGACAAGAAGAGCAUAUGAUUUAGCUGGGUCAUGCAAAGGAGUCAAGGUCAUGUUGAAUGGGAAGAAAUUACCUGUAAAUGGGUUUCGCAGUUACGUAGAUCUUUACGUAAAGGACAAGCUUGAUGAAACCGGAGUUGCACUCAAAGUUAUUCACGAAGUUGUGAAUGAACGAUGGGAUGUGUGCCUCACUCUAAGUGAAAAAGGCUUUCAGCAAAUCAGCUUUGUAAAUAGCAUAGCUACCACAAAGGGUGGUAGGCAUGUUGAUUACGUGGUGGAUCAGGUUGUGGGCAAGCUGAUAGAAGUGGUGAAAAAGAAGAAUAAAGCUGGAGUUUCAGUGAAACCAUUUCAGGUGAAGAAUCAUAUAUGGGUUUUUGUUAAUUGCUUGAUUGAAAACCCAUCAUUUGAUUCCCAGACAAAGGAGAACAUGACAUUGCAGCCUAAAAGUUUUGGGUCCAAGUGCCAGCUAUCUGAGAAAUUUUUUAAAGCAGCCUCCAACUGUGGUAUCAUAGAGAGCAUUUUGAAUUGGGUCAAAUUUAAGGCACAAACUCAGCUGAACAAAAAAUGUUCAUCAGUGAAACACAGUAAAAUCAAAGGCAUUCCGAAACUGGAUGAUGCUAAUGAUGCUGGUGGCAAACAUUCCUUGGACUGCACAUUAAUAUUAACAGAAGGAGACUCUGCCAAAUCUUUAGCUGUCUCUGGCUUGGGUGUUAUUGGUAGAGACAGAUAUGGAGUAUUCCCACUCAGGGGUAAAAUCCUCAAUGUUCGAGAAGCUUCUCACAAACAGAUUAUGGAAAAUGCAGAAAUCAACAACAUCAUCAAAAUAGUCGGACUACAAUACAAGAAAAGCUAUGAAGAUCCAGAAUCUCUGAAAAGUUUGAGAUACGGAAAAAUUAUGAUCAUGACAGAUCAGGAUCAGGAUGGAUCUCACAUAAAAGGCUUGUUGAUCAAUUUUAUUCAUCACAAUUGGCCAUCACUGUUGAAACAUGGUUUUCUUGAGGAAUUCAUCACUCCUAUUGUAAAGGCAAGCAAAAAUAAGCAGGAACUUUCAUUCUAUAGUAUUCCUGAAUUUGAUGAGUGGAAAAAGCAUAUGGAGAAUCAUAAAGCAUGGAAGAUAAAAUACUACAAAGGUUUGGGUACCAGCACUGCUAAAGAAGCAAAAGAAUAUUUUGCUGACAUGGAAAGACAUCGGAUCUUAUUUCGAUAUGCUGGUCCUGAGGAUGAUGCUGCCAUUACACUGGCCUUCAGUAAGAAGAAGAUUGAUGAUCGAAAAGAAUGGUUAACAAACUUCAUGGAGGACAGGCGGCAGCGUCGGCUACAUGGCCUUCCUGAGCAAUUUUUAUAUGGUACAGCAACAAAACAUUUGACUUACAAUGAUUUCAUUAACAAGGAGUUGAUCCUUUUCUCAAAUUCUGACAACGAGAGAUCUAUCCCUUCCCUUGUUGAUGGUUUAAAACCAGGGCAACGCAAAGUUUUGUUCACUUGCUUUAAGAGAAAUGAUAAACGUGAAGUAAAGGUUGCUCAACUGGCUGGUUCUGUUGCUGAAAUGUCAGCUUACCACCAUGGUGAGCAAGCAUUAAUGAUGACUAUUGUCAACUUGGCUCAGAACUUUGUUGGAAGUAACAAUGUUAAUCUGCUACAACCUAUUGGUCAGUUUGGUACCAGGCUUCAUGGUGGAAAGGAUGCUGCCAGCCCUCGCUAUAUUUUCACCAUGUUAAGCCCUUUAGCAAGGCUGCUUUUUCCAUCAGUGGAUGACAACUUGCUUAAAUUCCUUUAUGAUGACAACCAGCGCGUAGAGCCUGAGUGGUAUAUUCCCAUCAUUCCAAUGGUUUUAGUAAAUGGAGCUGAAGGAAUUGGUACUGGAUGGGCGUGCAAACUUCCAAACUAUGAUACCAGAGAGAUUGUAAACAAUGUCAGACGAAUGCUGGAUGGCUUAGAUCCCCACCCAAUGCUCCCAAACUACAAAAACUUCAAAGGAACCAUUCAGGAACUUGGUCAAAACCAGUAUGUAGUCAGUGGUGAAAUAUUUGUGGUGGACAGGAACACAGUAGAAAUUACAGAGCUUCCUGUAAGGACGUGGACCCAGGUGUACAAAGAACAGGUUCUAGAACCUAUGUUGAAUGGGACUGAAAAAACUCCAGCAUUAAUUUCUGACUAUAAGGAAUACCACACUGAUACAACUGUGAAAUUUGUUGUGAAGAUGACGGAAGAAAAACUUGCACAGGCAGAAGCUGCUGGAUUGCACAAAGUCUUUAAGCUUCAAACAAGUCUUACUUGUAAUUCUAUGGUGCUAUUUGAUCAUAUGGGAUGCUUAAAGAAGUAUGAAACUGUGCAGGACAUCUUGAAGGAGUUCUUUGAUUUGCGAUUACAUUAUUAUAGUUUACGCAAGGAAUGGCUUGUGGGAAUGUUGGGUGCAGAAUCUACCAAACUUAACAAUCAAGCUCGUUUUGUUCUAGAGAAGAUACAAGGAAAAAUUACAAUAGAGAACAGAUCAAAAAGAGAUUUGAUUCAGAUGUUGGUCCAGAGAGGUUAUGAAUCUGAUCCAGUAAAAGCCUGGAAAGAAGCACAGGAAAAGGCAGCAGAAGAAGAGGACCCACAGAACCCAAAUGAUGAUGCUUCUUCUGCUUCUGGCUCAACUUCUGGCCCAGACUUUAACUAUAUUUUAAACAUGUCUUUGUGGUCACUCACGAAAGAGAAAGUAGAAGAGUUAAUUAAGCAGAGAGAUUCAAAGGAGAGAGACCUGAAUGACCUUAAAAGGAAAUCUUCUUCAGAUCUGUGGAAAGAAGAUUUAGCAGCCUUUGUUGAAGAGCUUGAAAAAGUAGAAGCACAGGAAAGAGAGGAUGUUUUGGCAGGCAUGGUUGGCAAACCAAUUAAAGGCAAAGUUGGUAAACCCAAAAUGAAGAAACUUCAGUUGGAAGAGACAAUGCCAUCACCCUUUGGCAGAAGAAUAGUUCCACAGAUUACAUCUGCCAUGAAAGCUGAUGCCAGUAGGAAACUGCUGAAAAAGAAAAAGGGUGAGACUGAUUCCAUGGCAAUAAAAAUGGAAUUUGAUGAAGAAUUUGGUGGUGUGCCAGCUGAGGGUGGUGGGGAUGACUCACUGAAUACAUCAGCCACAGCAACUAAAACCCCUAAACCUAAGAGAGAGAAGAAGGAGCCUGGUACUAGGGUAAGAAGAACACCAUCGUCUACCAAGUCCAGUGCAAAAAAAGUGAAGAAACGAAACCCGUGGUCAGAUGAUGAAUCCAAAUCUGAAAGUGAUUUAGAAGAGAAUGAGCCUGUGAUUAUCCCAAGAGACUCUCUGCUUAGGAGAGCUGCAGCUGAGAGGCCCAAGUAUACUUUUGACUUCUCAGAAGAAGAAGAUGAUGCCGAUGAUGAUGAUGAUGCCAACAAUAAUAAUGAUAUGGAUGAGCUUAAAGUAAAAGCCUCUCCAGUUACAAAUGACAGAGAGGAGGAGUUUGUUCCUUCAGACAGUUUAGAAAAAGAUGAAUAUGACUUCUCCCCAGCCAAAUCAAAGCCAUCUCCAGAUAGGAAAACAUCUCAAGAUAAGAAAAAUCAAGAUUUUGGGAACAUCUUCUCUUUUCCAUCUUACUCACAGAAACGAGAUGAUGAUACAACAAAAUUGGAUAGUGAUGAAGAGGAUUCUGCUCCUGUUUUCUCAUCAUCUUUUGCCCCCAAACAAACAGAGAAAAUUACAAGUAAAACAGUAGCUGCUAAAAAGGCGAAACCAGAUGUGCCCCCUAAACCUAAAAGAGCUCCCAAGGCCAAGAAGGUGGAAACUAUAAACUCUGACUCAGAUUCAGAAUUCGGCAUUCCAAAGAAGACUGCAGCACCCAAAGGUAAAGGUAGAGGGGCAAAGAAAAGGAAAGCAUCUAGUUCAGAAAAUGAAGGUGACUACAACCCUGGGAAGAAAACGCCUAAAUCAACACCAAGCAAGAAAUCCAAGAAGGCUGCUUUUGACCAGGAUUCCGACGUGGAAAUCUUUCAGUCGGGCUUUGCCACUGAAACUGCCCCAAAGCCACGGACAGGCCGGGCUAGAAAAGAAGUGAAAUAUUUUGCAGAGUCGGAUGAAGAUGAUGAUUUUGAUAUGUUUAAUUAAGUGCCCAAAGAGCACACAAAUGUUUUCCAACAAAUAUCUUGUGUUGUCCUUUUGUCCCUUCUGUCGCAAACUUUUGUACAUUUGACUUCCUUUAUGUGAUAAUGUAAUUGAUGGUUUUUAUUAUUGUGUGUAGGCAUUUUAACAUUUGUUCUUACACCUACAAGUUUUAUGCUCUUUUUUACUCAUUGAAAUGUCAUGUAUUUGUCUGACUGGCUUGUAGAGAUGUUCUAGACAGCUGUGCUAAAGCACAUUUUAAUUGUCAUGGUUGCAAACAGCAAACCUGCUUUUUGAAAUGAAGUUUAAACAUUAAAAAAUGGAAAACUCC